AUGGCCAAAGAAAAACGAACAAAACCAUGUUCCAACUGCAAAAAGUCAAAGGUUAAAUGCAUAUACACAGACAAAUUACCCUGUGAACGAUGUAUCAAAAUAGGACAAAUAUCCAACUGUCAGUUUAUUCCGAAACUCCCCUCUUUAAAGCUCCCCAGUAUUCCACCAGAAACACACUCGGAAAUAUCUUUUCCUCCACUUAAUCCAAUCUCACUAAAUGGAAUGGUCCAUCAGCCACAAUAUACCACCAGCACCGCAGUGCAUCACCCUGCUGAGUCAUAUUUAGUGCCUGCUCCGAGCCAACCACUCAUUCUGCACCCCUCUGGCAAUAUGUGGCAGACUCAGAUCGAGAAUAGAAUGAACUCGUUUGACCACAAGAUUAACGAUUUGAUGGAGAUGCUCAAGGCGAAUCAACAGUUUGUAAUGGAGAUGCAGCAGCAGCAGCUCCAACAACAACAACAACAACAGCAGCAGCAGCAGCAGCAGCAGCAACAGAGAAUACCGCAGCAUACAUAUCAGCUGAUUCCAUUACCUCAUUUUCAGCGUACAGUUCUGCCUAGUGCUCUUCCGCAAUCUAGAUACUCCACCGAGGAGCCAGAAAUACCCAAACAAAACACGAUACCGAACCUAAAUGACACCCCGGAACCAUCUAGAAAACGAGCAAAGCUAAAUCAUACCUCACCCAGUGACUUCCGAGAUGGGUACCUCUCCAAGCAGGAAGCACAUGAAUUGUUCACCUUUUUCGAUACCAACAUCUCGCAACAAUUAUUUGGAUUUGAAAUAUCGAAAUUUACAGUAGACUCAUUAUGGGAUUCGUGUCCGGUAUUAGUAUGUGCCAUUUCAACAAUUGCAUCCAUCCAUCAUCCCCAACUCUCAUCCAAAUCGGCCCGAUUACAAACGUACUUGCAUGAACUAUGCAGUCAGUUGCUAUUCCAAGGGAAACCCUCCAAUGAAACAGAUGGAUUGAAUACUAUUGUUGCGUUGAUAUUGUGCAGUUUCUGGAUGUCCGACUCGCAAAUGUUCACCGGGUUGGCACUUCAACUCGCCAAAGAAUACGGACUUAACAACCCCAAUUCCGACAAUAAAGAUCGCUUGAAAAUAUGGUACUUGUUAUACGUACUCGACGGACAGCAGAGUCUCACAUUCAACCGACAACCAUUGGUAAAUUCCCGCGACUACUCGUUAGUCCACAGUCGAGAGCUUCUCUUGACUGACACCACGAAAAAGGUUCAUGGAGCAAGUAAACAGAAGAUCAAGGACAAGCCGCGAGAUCAGGAAUUGGUGGGGUUCGCACACAAGCAGAAGCUCACUGAUAUGAGACUAGUCUCACAAGUCGAGUAUAAUCAGGCCUUGAACGAAGCGUUCAAGGGGAAUGCCUGGGACUUGCUCGCGCCUUCGUCGUUUGGGAUCCCGUCCAAGAGUAACUUGGAGUUGGACAAGUGGAUGGUGUCGUGGACGGUCUUGCUUGCGCCAGGGAACUAUGGUGCUGUAUGGUCGACGAAAUCUACCUUGAUUUAUUACAAUUUCGCCAAGAUGCACAUUAACUCCUCGGCCGUGAGACAGUUGCAAAUUGAUCCUAAUGAUUACACUGGGCCAUUUCCGAAAUGGGAUAGUUCAUGUUCAACUCCUAAACGUCUUGAGGAGGUUACCCGCGAGUAUGCCGAUUCCGAUUCCGACUCGGAUUCAGACUCGUCAAGUCAAGAGGACGAGUUUAUUUCCAACAAGGAGUUGCUUUCGCCAGAUGAAGCGGUGAUUAAUGCAAACAUUGCUGUCAAUGCCGCGCAAACUGUGUUGAAUUUGGUGAUUAACGAUAAAGAUAUCGUGGAUAAUUUAAAGUACAUCCCAGUGCACAUACACAUCAUGCUUUACUAUGCGGCAUUACUAUUGAUUAAUCCGCCGUUGCAAUCAAACAACAAAUCAGUAGAGUAUAAUCCGGAAAGCUACUAUCGAAAACUAUUGGACAAUUUGCGCACGAUAAAUAUCCUAAAGAAGAGAAUUUACCUGAACUUGCCCAUCGAUGCAAAGUUUGGAUCACGAUUAAUACGAAGUUUAGAAGAUAUCGAAACAGACAAACUAAACAAAGUCAAACAGUUUGUCGAUACAUUGGACAAUGGCGAAGUAAAGGACGACUUUAAUCGACUCAUCAACACCCUAGUUGAGUCAAGUGAUAACAUAGAGAUAUUGGCAGAGAGCACUAGCAGUAGUGCAGGAUCUACACCGCGGCCCGAGAAGAUCUCGGCCUGGCCUGGUUCCAAUCAUGGACAUCCUUAA